AUGGCACACAAGACGGACGGGUUAUCUUCUUCUACGUCUUUUCAACAUAACAAAGACAAUCAUAAAACCAAUCAAAAGGUUCCCUUCUACAAACUAUUUACCUUUGCAGAUCACUUUGACGUGACUUUGAUGACCAUUGGCACAAUCUGUGCCAUGGCUAAUGGCUGGUCACAGCCUAUUAUGACUGUCAUUUUAGGAAAACUUAUCAACACUUUUGGUUACACCGAUCCAUCAAAUACCAUCAAAGAGGUUUCGAAGGUUUCUUUAUUAUUGGUAUACUUAGCUAUUGCGACUGGAAUUGCUUCCUUUCUUCAGGUAGCAUGUUGGAUGAUGACAGGAGAAAGACAAGCUGCGAGGAUUCGAAGUUUGUACUUGAAAACUAUAUUGAAGCAGGAUAUUGCUUUCUUUGACACUGAGACAACAACAGGAGAGAUUAUUGGGAGAAUGUCGGGUGACACUAUUCUCAUUCAAGAUUCCAUGGGAGAAAAGGUUGGGAAGUUUAUACAACUUUCUUCAACUUUUAUUGGUGGCUUUGUGAUCGCUUUUGUAAGAGGAUGGCGACUUGCUGUUAUUUUGAUCGCAUGUAUACCUUGUGUUGUUAUUAUUGGUGGAAUUCUGUCCAUUUUAAUGAGUAGAAUGUCAAGUCGUGGGCAAGCUGCUUACGUAGAGGCAGGAACUGUGGUUGAACAAACAGUGGGAGCUAUCAGAACAGUGGCAUCUUUCACUGGUGAGAGAAAAGCAAUGGAAAAGUAUAAUAACAAAUUAAAGAUUGCUUAUAAAACUAUGGUUCAACAAGGGAUGGCCUCUGGGUUAGGACUGGGGGUACUUUUGUUGACUGUCUUCUGUACCUAUGCACUUGCCAUGUGGUAUGGUUCUAAACUGGUUAUUGAGAAAGAAUUCAAUGGUGGAUCUGUCAUCACUGUAAUAGUGGCUCUUAUGACUGGUGGAAUGUCACUUGGUCAAACAUCUCCUAGCCUAAACGCAUUUUCUGCAGGCCGAGCAGCAGCAUAUAAGAUGUUUGAGACAAUUAAAAGAAAGCCAAAAAUUGAUGCUUAUGACACCAAUGGUAUUGUCAUGGAAGACAUAAGGGGAGAUAUUGAACUCAACAAUGUUUACUUUAGCUACCCUGCAAGGAAAAAUGUGCAGAUCUUUUCUGGAUUCUCAUUACAUGUUUCUAGUGGCACAACUGCCGCUUUAGUGGGUCAAAGUGGGAGUGGAAAGUCUACUGUGAUAUCUUUAUUGGAAAGAUUCUACGAUCCUGAUUCUGGAGAAGUACUGAUAGAUGGCGUGAAUUUGAAGGAUUUUCAUCUUAAAUGGAUAAGAGAACAAAUCGGAUUGGUUAGUCAAGAACCUAUUCUCUUUGCAGCAAGUAUCAAAGAGAACAUAAUCUAUGGAAAAGAAGGUGCAACUGAUGAGGAAAUUAAGUCAGCAAUAACUCUUGCCAAUGCCAAGACGUUCAUUGACAAGCUGCCUCAGGGCCUUGAGACAAUGGCAGGCCAGAAUGGGACUCAACUUUCUGGUGGACAAAAGCAGAGAAUUGCAAUUGCAAGGGCAAUUCUAAAAAACCCAAGAAUCCUUCUUCUUGAUGAAGCAACUAGUGCAUUAGAUGCCGAGUCCGAACGUGUUGUCCAAGAAGCAUUAGAACAAGCGAUGUCAAAAAGGACUACUGUAGUUGUUGCACAUCGCUUGACAACAAUCAGAAAUGCUGACACCAUAGCGGUGGUUCAUGAAGGAAAAAUUGUGGAGAAAGGAACUCAUGAUGAGUUAAUCAAGGAGGUUGAUGGUGCUUAUUCUCAGCUUAUUCGCCUACAGGAAGGAACUAAGGAAGCUGAGGGUAGCCAUAAUUCUGAAGCAGAGAUGCCAAAUAACAAUGUUAAUGUCAGAUCUUCCACCCAGAGAGAAGUUUCAUUAAGUAGAGAUUCAUCAAGUAGACAUUCCGAGUCACAUACUCUUUCUCAUCGAAGUGGGGUACAUGAAUCUGUAGAAGUAGAAGAUGAAGAUGGGGAUUUUGAAAAAAAUAAAGUUGAUGCUAAGAAGCCCAAAAAGGUUUCUUUGACACGUUUGGCCUACUUAAACAAGUCUGAAGUUCCUGUCUUAGUGCUUGGAUCCGUUGCUGCAAUAAUACAUGGUCUUGUGUUCCCUAUUUUUGGCUUCUUGUUUUCCUCAGCAAUAACUAUGUUCUUUGAACCUCCAGAAAAACAGCGGAAAGAUUCUAGGUUCUGGGCACUUCUAUAUGUGGGUUUGGGUUUAAUUACUCUUGUGGUGAUACCUGUGCAAAAUUACUUCUUUGGCGUUGCUGGAGGAAAAUUAAUAGAAAGAAUUCGUUCACUGACAUUUGAAAGGGUUGUCCAUCAAGAAAUCAGUUGGUUUGAUGAUCCUGCAAAUUCAAGUGGUGCAGUUGGCGCAAGGUUAUCUACUGAUGCUUCAACAGUGAAAAGUCUAGUUGGUGACACAUUAGCCCUAAUUGUACAAAACUUAACAACAAUCAUAGCUGGUCUAGUUAUAUCAUUCACUGCUAAUUGGAUUCUUGCUUUCAUAAUUCUGGCUGUGUCACCCUUGGUCCUUAUGCAAGGAUUUCUUCAGAUGAAGUUUCUUAAAGGAUUCAGUGCAGAUGCCAAGGUAAAGUAUGAAGAGGCAAGUCAGGUGGCAAAUGAUGCUGUUGGUAGCAUCAGAACUAUCGCAUCAUUCUGUGCCGAAUCGAAGGUGAUGGAUAUGUACCGAAAGAAAUGUUUAGAACCGGAAAAACAAGGUGUUCGGUUGGGGCUUGUGAGUGGUGCAGGAUUUGGUUUCUCUUUUCUUGCUCUAUACUGCACAAAUGCUUUUUGUUUCUAUAUAGGAUCUGUUCUUGUGCAACAUGGGAAAGCAACUUUUCAAGAGGUUUUCAAGGUCUUCUUUUGUUUAACCAUCACAGCAAUGGGCGUUUCUCAGACUACUGCCUUGGCACCAGACACCAACAAAGCCAAAGAUUCCGCAGCAUCAAUAUUUAACAUUCUUGACAGUACACCCACCAUUGACUCCAGCAGCAAUGAGGGAAGAACACUAGAAGCCAUUGCUGGUGAUAUUGAUUUUGAACACGUCAGUUUUAGUUAUCCAACUAGGCCUCAUAUUCAAAUUCUCAAAGAUUUGUGUCUAAUCAUUCCAGCUGGAAAGACUGUUGCCUUGGUUGGAGAAAGUGGGAGUGGAAAAUCAACAGUAAUCAGCCUCUUAGAGAGAUUUUACAACCCUCACACUGGACAUAUACUACUGGAUGGAGUGGAUAUAAAAGAGUUCAGACUAAGCUGGUUGAGGCAGCAAAUGGGUUUGGUUGGUCAAGAACCUAUUCUCUUCAAUGAAAGUAUUCGUGCCAACAUAGCAUAUGGUAAAGAAGGAGUUGCCACAGAGGAAGAGAUAAUUGCAGCAGCCAAAGCAUCCAAUGCACACCAAUUUAUAUGUGCUCUUCCCCAAGGCUAUGACACCCCAGUUGGAGAAAGAGGAACACAAUUGUCAGGAGGACAAAAGCAGCGAAUAGCCAUUGCAAGAGCCAUGCUGAAAGACCCUAAAAUCCUCUUGCUUGAUGAAGCAACUAGUGCACUUGAUGCCGAGUCAGAAAAAGUAGUUCAAGAGGCUCUAGAUAGAGUAAGUUUGAAUAGAACUACAGUAGUAGUAGCUCACCGUCUUACAACAAUUAGAGGGGCUGAUAUAAUAGCUGUAAUGAAAGAUGGAGCGGUAGCUGAAAAGGGAAAACAUAAUGAGUUGAUGAAGAUUAUCAAUGGAGUCUAUGCAUCAUUGGUUGCUCUACAUACGACUAAUACAUGA